AUGGCUCGCAGCUACUUGGGCAUGCAGGGCCAUGUCCUGCAAAUCGCCAUCGGUGUCAUCGCCGGCAUGGAUUUCCUGCUGUUCGGUUACGAUCAAGGUGUCACCGGUGGUCUGCUGAGUCUGCAGUCCUUCGUCAAGUACUUCCCGACCAUCGCCACCACUGGUGAUUAUUACAACAGCCUCUCCGCGGCUGAGAAAAGCGCUCAGUCCACGCGUCAAGGUAUCGUUGUCGCCGCGUACAAUCUGGGAUGUUUCGCCGGUUCGAUCCCGACGAUCUGGGUCGGUAAUUGGCUGGGUCGUCGCAAGACCAUCUUCCUCGGUUCUUCCAUCAUGGUGAUUGGCGCUCUGCUGCAAUGUACCUCCUACGACCUUGCCCAGCUUAUCGUUGGACGUCUGGUCACUGGUUUCGGUAACGGUAUGAACACCUCCACGGUGCCCACUUGGCAAUCCGAGUGCUGCAAGUCCAACCGCCGUGGUCAGCUGGUCAUGAUCGAGGGUGCCAUGAUUACCUGCGGUAUUACCAUCAGUUACUGGGUCGAUUUCGGUCUUCUCUUCGCCGAUCCCAACGAGGCCGCCUGGCGGUUCCCUCUCGCCUUCCAGAUCUUCUUCGCCGCCAUCAUUCUGGUUUUCGUCAUGUUCCUUCCCGAGUCUCCCCGCUGGCUCGUGCUCAAGGGUCGGGAGGACGAAGCCAAGGAAGUUCUGGGCGCGCUAAUGGGUGACGGCACCGACCCCAUUUUCCUGCAGAACGAAUUCAUUGCCAUCAAGGCCACCGUCCUGGAGAUGGCCAAGGGCUCUUUCCGCGACAUGUUCACCAUGGGCGAGGACCGCCACUUCCACCGGACCGUGCUCGCCUACGUCAACCAGAUGUUCCAGCAGAUCUCCGGUAUCAACUUAAUCACCUACUACAUUCCCGUCGUGCUGGAGGAGCAGCUCGGCAUGGAUCUGAUUGUCUCCCGUCUGAUCUCCGCUUGCAACGGUACCGAGUACUUCAUCGCUUCCUGGAUCGCCGUGUUCACCAUUGAAAUCUUCGGUCGUCGGACGCUGAUGCUGUUCGGUGCCGCUGGUAUGUCCAUUUCCAUGAUCAUCCUCGCCGUGACCGCCAGUAUCGGAACCCCCGGUGCCAACUACGCUUGUGUGGUGUUCCUCUUCGUCUUCAACACGUUCUUCGCCAUCGGCUGGCUGGGAAUGACCUGGCUGUACCCCGCCGAGAUUGUGCCCCUUAAGAUCCGUGCUCCGGCCAACGCCUUGUCCACCUCUUCCAACUGGAUCUUCAACUUCAUGGUCGUCAUGAUCACUCCGGUGGCCUUUGCGAACAUUCACUAUCAGACCUACAUCAUUUUCGCUGUCAUCAACGCCGCGAUCUUCCCGGUGGUCUGGUUCUUCUACCCGGAGACGACCCACCGUUCUCUGGAGGAGAUGGACCGCAUCUUCCGCAAGACCAAGAACGUCUUCCAGGUGGUCAAGAUCGCCGACCAGGAGCCGCACAUGUACGGCAAGCACGGUGAGCUCCUGCGCACCCUGGACGACGUCGAGGAUGAGGCGGUGCGCCGUGCUAGCGUGAUGAACCACCCUCACAAGGAUGCAAGUGAUGAGAACACCAGCACGGAGAAGAUCUAA